AAUAACCGACACGCUUCGCUCUCACCUCCCGCCCCGCGCCGUGCCGUUACCGCUCCGCCGGCCGGGGGCGGACCGGGCCGUGCUGUGCUGACCGACCCGACCCGCUCCGUGCCGUGGUGAGCCGAGCCGCUCCGCCCCGCUCCGCCCCCGGGGCUCCGAUGUGCCCUCCCGCCUUGUCUCCCGCCCGGUCCCGCCAUGUGCUCCGUCCCGGCGCUGCCCGCCCCCGGUGCCGCCGUGUCGCUCCGUGUCCGGGCCGUGGACGUGUGUCCGGCCGUGCCCGUGGUCCGGCUGUGGGGGCCGCUGGGGGAGCCCCGCGCCGAGCACGGCCCGCUGAGCGCUCACGUCCAGGCGGCCGGACACGGGGCCGGGCUGGGGGCCGGGGAGCUGGGGCUGGGAGCCGAGCUGUGUGCCGGGGAGCUGGGGCUGGUGCAGCUGGCCGGGCUGUGGCACCGCUGCCGGGUGCUGAGCCGACGAGGCCGCGGCUGCCGCGUGUUCCUGCUGGACGAGGGACACACGGUGACGGUCUCGGCCUCGUACCUGGCUCGGGGCGGCCCGCAGCUGUUGGUGGCGCCGCCCGAGGCGCUGGGCUGCGUGGUGGCCGAUCUGCUGCCGGCCGGGAGCGACGCGCACGGAGCGGGCGGGGACGCGCCGAGCUCGGAAUGGACGGAGGAGGCGAUGGAGCUGCUGAGGCACCUGCACGGCAAGGAGCUGCGUGGCGCCGUGCGGGACACGCUGAUGCCGCAGCUGCUGCUGGUGCUCGAGCUGCCCCCGCUCGUGGAUCAGAUGCGGCAGCUGGGCCUGGCCGCACGCGUGUCACCCUGCGCCUUCGGCCGCGUGCUGCGCCGCUGCCUGAUGCUCGACGACAGCGGCGGCUCCGGCCCUGCUCAGAGCGAUGGCCGGGACAGCCCCCCUGCACGCAGCAGGCAGAGCUACGUGGAAAUGCGGCCCGGCUCCUCCUGCGGGGGGCAGCUGGAGGUGGGAUGUACGGUGGACGUUGUUGUAACGUGUGCUGAAAGCCCCGGUUACUUUUGGUGCCAGCUGAAGAAGUGCAGUGAGUUCGUGGCGUUGAUGGCUGACAUACAGGAGUACUGUGAGAGCUCGUCCCGCCCGCACACAUGGCCGCAGUCGGUGUGUUUAGCGCAGUACUCAGAGGACAAACGCUGGUACCGGGCUUUAAUCAUCAGCGACGUCACUGCUGCAGAAGAAGUGGAAGUCAUGUAUGUUGACUAUGGCAACAGGGAGCUGGUGCCCCUGACCAGCCUCCGCCCCAUCAACGAGCGCUUCCUGGAGCUGAAGGCGCAGGCGUUCAGGUGCAGCCUCUACAACCUGAUCCAGCCCAAUGGCCGGGACCCGUUUGUGUGGGAUGAAGCUGCCGUCCUGGCUUUCCAGGAGUUUGUGGACACCUCCUCGGAGCAGUUUGAGCUGCAGUGCACCAUAUUUGCUUUGGCUUCCAGGAACAACAGGGAGCUGUUCAAUAUUGUGGACUUAAUGACACCAUUCCAGAGUGCAUGCCAGUUCCUGACAGACAGAGGUUUGGCCAAACGUCUGCCGCCCCAGUCACCCCUGGCAGCCUCUGUUCGGCUGCACUCCUUCUAUUACUCCAUGCACGAGAUCAAGAUCGGCAGCGAGGAAGAUGUUUUCAUUACGCACGUUGACGACCCCCAGACGUUCUACUUCCAGCUGGAGAGGUGUGCGGGUGCCCUAAUGCAGCUCAGUGAGAACAUUGCUCGUCUCAGUGCAACAGCGUCAGGCUCAGGAACCUGUCAGAAGCCAGGUGAGCUGUGCCUGGCCAGGUACGCUGACAGCCAGUGGUACCGGGGGGUCCUCACCGAAACAACGCCCACCAGGGAGGUCUUCUUUGUGGAUUUCGGGAACACGGAGACCGUGGAAGAAGAUCAUCUGCUUCCUAUACCAGGUGAUGCCCAUGAGAUCUUGCUUUUGCCAAUGCAGGCUGUAAAGUGUUCCUUAGUUGACAUAGAGAAUGUUCCCCAAGAAGCUACGGCGUGGUUUAAGCAAGCUGUCCUGGAAAGGCAAUUAAAAGCGAUUGUUGUAGCGAAAGAAUCUGGUGGUAAGCUGUUGAUUGAGCUGUUUGAUGGCAGCGUGCAAAUUAAUGCAAAGUUGAAGGAGGAGUUCAGGUUAAGAAACAAUGCAGAAGCGUGUAGGUGUGUAAAGAGUGCAGCUUUGUACACUAGUGUGGAUAUGGAGAAGGGGAAUGGGGCUGAACAGUCUCCUCCAAGUGCAGGAGAAAGUAACAACUGCAGAUCUGAAGCCCAGGAAGGAGAGAGGAGCAGCAAAAUGCAUGUCAUAGAAAAAGAUGCAAACCUCCAGCCUGCUGCAAAGAGAGAACGGGCUGCUGAGAUACUGGCAUCUGAGGGGAAGGUCAGCAGUAACAAAGAUGCUCUGUUAAAUAAAGCGGGGGAGGAAAUGCAGUCUCUGCUCCCUGUUGAGAUGGAUGCAGAGUCAGAUAGUAAUCGUGAUACUGAAGGCCAAUGUGUGCUGCUGAAGCGUGUAACAGAUCUGCCACAACAGAGCGUGGUGCCAGCUCUCACAGUGUCAGCAUAUGUCUCUCAUGUAAACAGCCCCUUAGAUUUUUAUGUUCAACUGGCAAGUGAUGAGGCUCAACUUAACAGCAUCUCAGAACGCUUAAAGGAUGAAAUGCCAAAGAUCCCCCGUGGACAGCUCUUGCAAGCUGGGGACUUGAUCUGUGCUCUGUAUGCAGAUGACAGCCUGUGGUACCGAGCUGUAGUAGAAGAGAUGGCCUCUGACCAUUCAAUUAGUGUACAAUAUAUUGAUUAUGGCAAUACUUCGGUAGUUGAUGUUGAUCAAGUACGCAGGCUUCCUAAAGACUUAGAAUCCAUCCCAGCAAUAGGCAUUCACUGCUUCCUAAGUGGACUUGAAGGCAAAAAGGGCACAGACUGGGCAGAGAAAGCAGCUCCUUGCUUCACCGAGAGGGUAAGUGAGGUUCUGCUGACGUGUGAGUUUGUGGAGGAGGUUGGUGGUAAGUGGAGAGUUAUUCUCAGUGAUGAUCGAGGUGAAAUAACAGUGGAUUUAGCUGAUGAAAGAUCUUAUUCAGCUGACAUGCUUGAUGGAAGAGACGUGAUAAAUACGUGUGAGCCUUCAUCUCCUCAGGCACAACAUGAAGAUUCCAGUGCCUGUACAUCACUUACCUGGAAGUUCCCUGAGCCAGGACAGACUGUAAAUGUUUAUAUCACGGUGGUAAGUGGUCCAGACUAUUUUUGGAGCUGCUUUGCUGAUGGAGAGAACAUGACCUACAUAGAGGAAAAAAUAAAGGAAGCCGAAAACCUUGGGCAGAGCUCUAUGGACAGCUGCAUUAAAAGUGGGGAUGUUUGCCUAGCAAAGUACAGUGAGGAUGGGAGGCUCUACAGGGCUAAGGUCACUGGCGUAAAAGGCAGUGACAUAGCUGUUAUCCAUGUGGACUAUGGAAGUGAGGAAACUGUUAGCUUGGAGAUGCUCAAGCCAAUUCCGUCUGAAUUGCUUCAGGUGCCUAAUCAAGCAUUUGCUUGCUGUCUGUCAGGAUUCAGUCCCUCAGAGGGCUCAUGGCUUAGUGAAGCCAAAGACAAGUUCUAUGAUAUAACUAUAGAGCUCCUACUAGAAGCUGAAAUCAUAGGAACUCAGGAGAAUAAAGCUUUUGAAGUCCCUCUGUGUGCUGUCAAACUGGAGUCUUCUGGGAGGAAUAUUAAUGAAGAGAUGAAAUCUUUUUGGAAGGCUGAUAUGGGAAGUGGUCACAAAGCUGUCCCAGACCCUGAGAGCCCCUUAGAGGGUAACAGAAGUCCAAGCAGUGAUGUGGGUCUUUGUCUCAAAAGAGAAACUGCUACUUGUGGAUUAGCUCAUAAAGAAAGUGAAAGUGCCUUGCUUUGUUCCCAGCUCUUCUCGGGUGCACACUGUGGGUGUUCAGAAGAUAAGGUGUCUGGGGAGGUGGCUGGUCGGUGUGAAACUGCUGAGCAUCGAAGCAGCUCUGAUAAAGAGAUUGAUCCACUGGAAGAUGAGAGCAGGAGCAGAGUGUUACUAGAACCAAGAGGAAGCUGCAGUCUUCACAGUUCAGGGAGUAGAAUGAAAUCUGCAGUGCAAGAGCCAGCUGAAUUACUGUGUCUGCAGGAUGUUGAGGUGAAGGCAGAAGCGUUGGCAGCAGGCAAGGCAGCAAGCCCUAAGCUAGGAAAUGAAGAAGAGCUGAUGAGAUGGCUGCAGGUAGAGCCUUCGAUGGGAGAUACAACAGAGGCACUGAUCAAACUAGAUGAAUUACAGAUGCACUCUUCUUAUAGUGAUUUAAAAGAGCUGAUACUGGAGCUGGAGGAAAUAGCAGCACUGCCCUCAGUUGCUGGUGAGAUGAAGGAAGUGCUGGAAACGGAGGCACUUGAAAUGCAGACUGCUUCAGGCAAAGCAAGAGAGAAAACACUGGAAGGGGAAGUACAUGAGCCCCUGCUCCUGUGUGAGGAGAUGGGGCGCUUAGCAGUGCUGCAGUCUGAAGCCUCACCUUCACUGGGUGAGGGAGAGAGCUUGGAGCCUUCUGUUAGGGAGGCAGCAGAGCUGUUUCCUUCUGAUACAGAGAGAUGGACUAUGAAGACACCGGAAUUGAAUUGCUCUGGAGUUCAUGAAGCAGAAGCUAUGCAAGAAGACUGGACGGAAGUAGAGCCGCCCUUUGUGCUACCUUCAUCUGAUGGUAAACCCAAGAAGCAACCAAAGGCCCCUGAUACGCUGUCAGCGGUGAGUGCUGACAUUGAGCAGCUCCUGGAUUUGGUCCUGCCUUCAGAGGAGGAUGGAGUGGAGGACGCGUUAGGGCUGGGACACACUGUGUUACAAAGUUCUUCAAAUAGUGGAGGCCAAUUUUCAGUUCUUCCAAAAGACUUAAAUCAGAAGCCUGUUAGCACUGCACAGACAUAUCCCUGCAGAGCUGUGAAGCGUAAAGAGUGGCAAAAGAAAGAUGGCUGUUGUGUGACAGAAUGGAUGCAGGAAGACAUGGACGAGCUGUUUAAAGAAUGUGGAAGCACUCCUACACAUGUGCAGUCUUCAGACUGUAAAGCUGAUGAAGAAGCAGGAGAAAAGCAAAGUGAUAACAUGGCUGACUAUAAUGCAGGGUGCAGCGGAUAUACCUGUAAGCUCAAGGGCUUUUCUGUUGGCUCAAAGUGUGUGGUGUGGACAACUCUGAAAUGGUGCGAGGCUCUCAUUUUGGAGGUAUCUGAGAAGGGCACCAGGGUACUGAAUCUCUGCAGUGGCCGUGAGGAGACUGUAGAUCCUGAGAACGUCUGGAACGUAAUUCCCAGCUGGGCUGGCAGAUCACCUGAGGGAGCUACUCAUGUGACAGAAGACAUGCUGUCCCUGCCAGAGGAAUUCUUACUUCAAGAAGAGCAAAGUGGUUGCAAUUCAGCUAAAUCUGAAGAUCCUCAUGUUCUCCAGCCUUUCUGAAAGGACUUAUUGACCACAUGAAGUGUGACAGGGCCCUGGAUGCACAUCCAUUCCCACAGAAACGGGCUUUUAUAGGAACAAUACAACCAAAUCACCUGGGUGUUUCUUAUACAUAACUGAGCGAAUGCCUGGUACUGCCAUGAGCAGUGGUUGGUAAAGACUGGUGCCGUCUGUUGGGUACUAUAAGAUUAUGCUUUAAUCAAACAAGAAGUGCCUCCUGUCAGGCGUCCCUCACUGAAUGCUGGUGUGGCUCGACCUUAUGCCUAACUGAUAGAAGGUUCUGAGCUGCUGUGGUGAUAUUUGCUGUUGCACUGUUGUUUUGGUUUUGUUUCUUUAGGAUUAGGGAAAUUCAGAGUAUUUUUGAGAGAAGUUUUUUUUUCCCUCUGUAGAGAAACAAAAGUUGUUCAGGACCAAAGCCUUGUAUUUGUGUCAUUACAGAGCAAUUGGAGAAGCUGGAAUAAAGCUUGUGCUGGCAAA